UAUACAAUAAAUUCAAUUUAAGAAGACCAUAACAGAAAACAUAAAGAGAAAAAAAUGGAAUUCAGAUUUGAUUUAAAACCAAUUUUCUCACAACCAAUAGCAAGGGUUGGAGUUAAUCUAUUACCACAUACUUUUCGUGGGGAUCGUAGAUCGGCAUUAGAUACAUCAACAAAAAUGCAAGAAAUUAUUAAUACCGUAGGUGAAAAUUCAGCUAGAGCUCAGGGUUUAUCAAAAGCUGUAACAACAGCACAAAAAUUACGUCAAUCUGAAAAUCAAAAAAUUUAUUUAUUGGUUGAUGUUGAUGAUGGUAAAAGGGGCUCUGUAAUUGGUAUGCUUAAAGUUGGUAACAAAUCAUUAUAUGUAUUUGAUCAAACUGGUACAACACAAAUGGUUGAAGCACCAUGUAUAUUAGAUUUUUAUAUACAUGAAUCACGUCAAAGAGCUGGUCUCGGUAAAGAUUUAUUUGAAACAAUGUUACAAGAGGAACAAUGGGAUCCACGUAAAUUGGCAAUUGAUAGACCAUCAGAUAAAUUAUUGGGUUUUUUGAAAAAACAUUAUGGAUUAGAAAAAACCAUUCCACAAAUGAAUAAUUUUGUUAUAUUUGAGGGAUUCUUUGAUAAAACUGAAAAUGGUAAUGUUAUUAAUAAUAACAAUUACGAUAAUCAGAAUAUUAAAAUAACAAGCAGCCCUAACACAGCCCUAUUUGGCCCACUAAUAACAUCAGAUGAUCGAUUAAGGAGAAGUAGAGCAGAAAACACAGCCUCUCUAAAUCCAUUAACUGGUAUACAAAAUAAUCCAAUAGGUCGAUAUGCUGCAGCCCGACCAACAUGCAGUAUGGCAGAGAUAAUUCAUAGUACAUCAGCAAAAAAAUCAACAGGAGAACCAAAUAGUUACACGCCAUCAAAUGAUGAUCAACAAUCACAUGUUACAGCUGAUGAUAUUGAAAAUGUUCGAUCUGAUUUUGAACAAAUUGAAGUAUCUGAUUUAGUUACAGAACCAGAUGAAAAUGGCCCUGAACCUGUUGAACCCGAUACAGAACCAGAAGCUGAAAUACAAAAUGAACCUGAAACAGAACAAGAAUUAAAUGAUACAGUAUCAGAAACUGGUACAAAUGGUCCAACACCAUCAGUACAUUCUGAUGCAGCUGGUACACCAACAAUUAAUUUAGAUUCAUCAAAACGACAAACAUUAGUUAAUGAUCGUUAUCGUGGUAAUAAACAACAUACCGGAAUGAAAAAUAUGUCAUUUGGUGUUGGUGCUGCUGUAACACCAACAACAAAAAUGGAAUUUUAUCAAGAGCAACCAGCUGAUUUUGGUAUUGUUAAAAUUAAUCAACCAGGUGGAAAAUCAUUUAAUUCAUCAAAUGAUGAUAAUGCAUCAGUUAUAUCAUCAGUUACAUCUGGUGAUGGUUUUACUGGACAAGGAUAUUAUGAUUUGAAAUUUCAUCACAAUAAAUUAUGGUAAAAUAGAUGCAUGUAUAAAAAAAGAAAUAAAGAUGAGAAUUUCAUUAUAAUAAAAUUUAAUUGUACGGUAUUAUGUAAAAUCAUAAUUAUAAUAAUAAUAUUCUAUCAAAAGAAAAUAUUGAAAAGAAGAAAUUUAAUAAUAUUAAAAUGGAAUUAUGGCAAGAUACACAUAGUAUUUAAUUAUUAAGAUGUGAAAAUUUAUAUAAUUUUUAAUAUUUACUAUAUAUUGAUUAAUAUAAAAGAAAAUUUUUAUUUUGCAUAUAUGGGCCUUUGCUUGUAAAAAUGUAAUAUUUUUAAAGUACCUGUUAUAAUUUAAAAUUUUGUUUUGUUUUCUUCAUUAGAAAGUUAUUGUAAAAAUAUUAUUUAGCAUUUAUUUAUAAGUAUUUAAUAAUUAAAAUUUAAAAAUUAUAAUUUAUGUAAUUUUGCACAUUAUUUGA